AUGUCAACUCAAAUUCGUAAAGUCGAAAAGGAAAAAGUAUGCGUGAUAGGAUCGGGUAAUUGGGGGUCGGCCAUUGCCCGCAUCGCUGCAAUCAAUACAAAGAGGAACCCAGAUGUUUUCGCUGAAGAUGUCACGAUGUAUGUGUACGAAGAGCAGUUCCAGGGACGUUCACUUUCGGCCCUGAUUAAUGACACACACGAGAAUCCCAAGUACCUGCCUGGUAUUCAACUGGGACAUAAUGUGGUAGCAGAACCCGACUUGCUUAAAUCCAUCAAGGACGCUACCGCUCUUGUUUUUGUUUUGCCGCAUCAGUUCUUGCCCCCAGUGCUGAAUGCAAUACGCGGUCAUGUCUCCCACCUGACUCGGGCCGUAUCCCUUAUUAAGGGGGCUGAAGUUGAGGGCGCAAAGAUCUCAACCUUCCCGACCGUGAUCAGCUCGGAACUCGGUAUCCCUUGCUCAGCAUUAAGUGGAGCCAACAUCGCCAAUGAAGGUGAACUUUUCUUGGAUAUUUCACUCUGCACCGCUUGUUUCUUAGCCAGACCUCAUGAUCUAGUGGCCGAGGACAAGUUUUGCGAGUCAACGCUUGGAGUUCCGCCCGCUCCAAUGACUACACCUCCUGACGAAGACGCCCAAUUACACGCAUUCUCUGAGUCACAGCUUUGGCAUCGACUAUUUCAAACAAACACCUUCCGCAUUCGAGUAGUGCAGGAUGUCGAAGGCGUCUGCCUUUGUGGUGGACUGAAGAAUGUCAUUGCGCUCGCUGCUGGGUUUUCCGAUGGACUCGGAUGGGGGUCGAAUUCGAAAGCUGCGAUCAUGCGUAUCGGGCUCUUGGAGCUCAAAGACUUUUGCCUGGAGUUCUUCCCCUCUACUCGUGCAUCAACGUUCCUCGAAGAGAGUUGUGGGGUAGCUGAUAUCAUGACAUCCUGCCUGAGCGGUCGGAACAGAUUGAUCGCUGAGAUGAUGGUAAAAACAGGCAAGGGUUUUCGUGAGCUCGAAGAAGAAAAGCUCAACGGCCAGAAGCUCCAAGGCCCGCAAACUGCACAGGAUUUGCACGCGUUCUUGACUGCGCGUGGUGACAAUGUCCGUCGACCAGGCGGCUAUCCUCUUCUUGAGGCAGUUUGGAGGAUAUGCUAUGAGGGAAUGUCACCUGAAAAAUUAAUUGAUGGUCUUUAG